AUGAAGAACAUUUACAACUCAUUCAACAACAAUUCAAAACAAAGAACAGUACAUUUCCAUCCUGAUGUAUCUACUCAGAUUCUAAACAAACGCUCACCUUUGGAGAAACUUGAAUUGAUUCAAAAUACUAUAACAAAUGGAAUCUUAGCCAAUAAUUCCAUAAUAUUAAAUAUCAAACCAGAAAAUAAAAUUGGUAAUAAUAAUAAUAACAAUUCAAAAUCAAUAUUUAAAUUACCUUCAAAUAAUUUAAAUGAAUCAAGACAAUUUGCAAUGUGUUUAAAAUUAAUAUCAAUGUUAAUUGAAAAUUUAAAAAAUAAAAAAAUAACAACUAAAAGAGAUCUUUAUUAUCAAGAUGUUUCUUUAUUUGAAAAUCAAUCAAAUGUUGAUAAAUUAAUUAAUUCAAUUUGUAAAAGUUUAGGCUUUAAUAAUCUUGAAAUUGGUGCUGUUGCUGCUCAAAAGGGUCUUUGUUUUGGUAAUAUUGAUAUAAUUGAUAUAAGCAAUAAUGAUAUGAAAUCAUUUAAUAUAAAAGAUGGUUGUUUUUUAAUACCAAGAAUUAAUUCAAAUUUUAAAAUCAUUAUCAAACACCCAAUUGAUUAUAUAUUAAUUGUGGAAAAAGAUUCAAUUUUCCAAUUAAUUUGUGACCCUUUAAAAAUGUCAAAUAAUUUAAUCAUAACUGGUAAAGGUUUCCCUGAUAAUAAUACUAAAAUGUUUUUAAAUCUUUUAUCUAAACAAUACCCUCAAAUUCCAAUUUAUGGAUUUGCAGAUAUAGAUCCUCAUGGAUUAAAUAUAAUGAAACAAUAUAAAGAUGGUGGUGAUUUAAAUAAUUGUUUUAUGGUUCAUGAAAUGGAUCAAUUCCAUUGUCAAAAUUUAAAAUUAUUAGAUUUAUUAUCUAAUUUACAUUUUUUAAAAACGUUUGAUUGUUUAGAUUUUAGUUUAAUUGAUUAUCAAAUUUCAUUUAAAUUAAUUGAAUCUGAAUUUGAUGAUAAUGAUAAUAAUUCAAUUGAAAAUGAAAAAUUUAGAAAUCAAUUACAAAGAACAAUGUUUUUCGGUAAAAAAGCUGAAAUUGAUCUGAUUAAAUCAAAUGAUGAUAACAAAUCAAACAACAAAACCGAUUUGAUUCAAUUUAUAGAUGAAAGAAUUAAAAUAUCAAAUGGUUAUGAAAAGAAUUGA